AUGAGCCUGAUCUCGCGAGUGUCCGGGCUUUUCUCGACACCGACCGGAGACCCCGUGACCGAUAGUUUCCCCACGUCACUCCCUCAUACACAGAAACCACCAUAUAAUGAGAUCAGAAGUAGCGGAAUAGAUGCUGUUGCAGGUCAUGGUCGGGAUGGCCACCUGUUGGAGGAGGAAGAACCCCGUCCGCCAUACCUACAUGCAAUGUUUGCAGGCGGAAUUGGAGGCACCUGUGGUGAUAUGUUGAUGCAUUCGUUGGAUACCGUCAAGACCCGACAACAAGGCGACCCGCACUUCCCGCCCAAGUACUCCUCGAUGACCUCUUCGUAUGCAACAAUUUUCCGCCAGGAGGGAAUUCUACGAGGUUUAUAUGGUGGUGUCAUUCCGGCCUUCUGGGGUUCUUUCCCGGGAACAGUGAUCUUCUUCGGCGUGUACGAGUUCACCAAGCGGGAGAUGUUGGACAGGGGAAUCAACCAGAACCUCGCAUAUCUCUCUGGUGGCUUCUUCGCAGAUCUGGCUGCAUCAAUCGUUUAUGUGCCAUCCGAGGUGUUAAAGACCCGAUUGCAGCUUCAGGGCCGGUACAACAACCCACACUUUCAUUCCGGAUACAACUAUCGCAGUACCACCGAUGCGUUGAAAACGAUUGUUCGCAAAGAAGGACCAGCUGCCUUAUAUCACGGUUACAAGGCAACGAUUUUCCGUGAUUUACCAUUCUCCGCUCUGCAGUUCGCUUUUUACGAACAAGAACAAAACCUGGCUAAGACAUGGGUCGGUCAGCGGGAGAUUGGUCUGGGUCUAGAGAUUCUCACGGCAGCAACGGCUGGUGGUAUGGCUGGUGUGAUAACCUGCCCGUUAGAUGUGGUCAAAACACGCAUUCAGACUCAACAAAAUCCUCCGGCGAACCCCACUGGAUCGUCCGGGGCCAAGCACAGCGGAGAUCAUGUCCCGAAAGAAAGUCAUCGACCCCAUGCUCCCGCUCCAUCUCAUUCUCACUCUUCUCGCACAUCCUCUCGACCAAUCUCCACCUCUUCACCAUCCACAUCAGUCUCACCACCUGGUGCACCUCGCUUGGAUACAUCAUCUGUCUUCACAGGAUUGAAGAUGAUCUACCAGACCGAGGGGCUUGCGGGGUGGUUCCGCGGCGUGGGCCCGCGUGGAGUAUGGACCAGCAUUCAGUCAGGAACGAUGUUGGUCAUGUAUCAAUACCUCCUUAAACAAAUCGAGGCCUAUCAAGGCGUCGAGGACUCCCCUCUAUGA